GUCAAACUGGAUUCCAUAGGGAAAGCCUGCAAAUCACUUCUAUUUUAGCAAGGAGAAAACAGAAUCUCCUUCCAGCAGGGUCCACCCCUCUCUUUCUCUCCCUCUCCUCUCUCUCUCUCUUUCUCUCUCUGUCUUUCCCUCCCCCCCUUUCCUCUCUCCCUCUCUCCCCUUCCCCCCACCCCACUCUCCCUUUUCUGGUGUCUGUCUCCGGCAACCAGCGUCCUCCUCAUCUGUACGCACAGAAAGGAAAAGAAACAUCUCUGGUUGGGAGAGAAGGAGGAGAGGAAAAAAAAAAAAGGAGCGAGGAAAAAACUUGCCUGGUUGUGGAAAAUGACACUUGAAGUAGCAAAGCCGGCAGCGCGAGUUCAGUCUAUUGUUUCUUAAAUUGCCAUCAAGGCUUUUUUUUUUUUCUUCCUGCUUCUUCAAGUGAAGGGUACCUCUACAAAAGGAAACUCCAGCCCCUCCUGUCCACCGGCCUGUGAUCAUUACAAAAAAAAAAAGCAAAAAAAAAAAAAAAAAGCACCCAAACCAAAAAUUAACCAACCAAACAACCCCCAACAGCCAAGCAUACAUCUCUAUUUUUUUUUCAAUUUUGGUCUUUUCGUUGGAUUUUCCCUUUUUUUUUCUCUCUCUUUUUUUUUUUCCGGUUGACGCUCAGUUUUGAGCGAAGGUUUACAUUUUUAAAAAAAAAAUUUUUUUUUUUUUUUUUGCUUUGCAGUCCGCCUUGAUCUUCUAGCGCGAGUUCAUCGUCUCAAAAAGAAAAAAAAAUCCUUUGGCUGGCGUUUUUCUUUCCUUUUUUUUCUUCCCCCCCCCAUAUUUUCAAGGGGGAGGAGAUUUUCCGCAAGAAAAGGUUGUUUUCAUGUUUGGGAUUCAGGAAAGCAUCCAACGGAGUGGAAGCAGCAUGAAGGAAGAGCCGCUGGGCAGCGGCAUGAACGCGGUGCGGACGUGGAUGCAGGGCGCCGGGGUGCUGGACGCCAACACGGCGGCGCAGAGCGGGGUGGGUCUGGCCCGGGCUCACUUUGAGAAGCAGCCGCCUUCCAAUCUGCGGAAAUCCAACUUCUUCCACUUCGUCCUGGCCCUCUACGACAGACAGGGCCAGCCCGUGGAGAUCGAGAGGACAGCCUUUGUGGGGUUCGUGGAGAAGGAAAAAGAAGCCAACAGCGAAAAGACCAACAACGGGAUCCACUACCGGCUCCAGCUGCUCUACAGCAAUGGCAUCAGGACAGAGCAGGAUUUUUACGUGCGCCUUAUUGACUCCAUGACAAAACAAGCCAUAGUGUAUGAAGGCCAAGACAAGAAUCCUGAAAUGUGCCGGGUCCUGCUCACGCACGAGAUCAUGUGCAGCCGCUGUUGUGACAAGAAAAGCUGUGGCAACCGAAAUGAGACUCCCUCAGAUCCAGUGAUAAUUGACAGGUUCUUCCUGAAGUUCUUCCUCAAAUGUAACCAGAAUUGCCUAAAGAAUGCCGGGAACCCGCGGGACAUGCGGAGAUUCCAGGUCGUGGUGUCUACCACCGUCAACGUGGACGGCCACGUCCUGGCGGUCUCCGACAACAUGUUCGUCCACAAUAACUCCAAGCACGGGCGGAGGGCGCGGCGGCUUGACCCCUCGGAAGGUACGCCCUCUUAUCUGGAACAUGCAGCAACGCCGUGUAUCAAAGCCAUCAGCCCGAGCGAAGGCUGGACGACGGGCGGGGCCACGGUCAUCAUCAUCGGCGACAACUUCUUCGACGGGCUGCAGGUCAUAUUUGGUACCAUGCUGGUCUGGAGCGAGCUGAUCACCCCUCACGCCAUCCGCGUGCAGACCCCCCCUCGGCACAUCCCUGGUGUGGUAGAAGUCACCUUGUCAUACAAGUCCAAGCAGUUCUGCAAGGGGACACCCGGCAGGUUCAUCUACACAGCGCUGAACGAACCCACCAUCGACUACGGUUUCCAGAGGCUACAGAAGGUCAUCCCUCGGCAUCCCGGCGACCCCGAACGUUUGCCAAAGGAAGUGAUCCUCAAGCGGGCAGCGGACCUAGUGGAGGCGCUCUACGGGAUGCCUCACAACAACCAGGAGAUCAUCCUGAAGAGGGCGGCCGACAUCGCCGAGGCCCUGUACAGCGUGCCGCGCAACCACAGCCAGCUCCCGGCGCUCACCAACACGUCGGUGCACGCGGGCAUGAUGGGCGUCAACUCCUUCAGCGGGCAGCUGGCCGUCAACGUGUCUGAGGCGUCGCAGGCCACCAACCAGGGUUUCACCCGUAACUCCAGCAGCGUGUCCCCCCACGGCUACGUGCCCAGCACCACGCCCCAGCAGACCAACUACAGCUCGGUGACCACGAGCAUGAACGGGUACGGCACGGCCGCCAUGUCCAACCUGGGCGGCUCCCCUACCUUCCUCAACGGCUCCGCCGCCAACUCGCCCUACGCCAUCGUGCCGUCCAGCCCCACCAUGGCCGCGCCCACGAGCCUGCCCUCCAACUGCAGCAGCUCCACCGGCAUCUUCUCCUUCUCGCCCGCCAACAUGGUCUCGGCCGUGAAGCAGAAGAGCGCCUUCGCGCCCGUCGUCAGACCCCAGACCUCCCCGCCGCCCACCUGCACCAGCACCAAUGGGAACAGCCUGCAAGCUAUUUCUGGCAUGAUUGUUCCUCCCAUGUGAAAAUUGCCUUGAAGAAACUUUUAUUAAUGAAGAAGUUGGAUUCUGCCACAGAGAGUAAUCUGAUACAAGUCCCAGCGUGGAACUUUUAAACUCAGGCCUUUUAAAGAGAGUCACAGUAACUGCAGAUUUUUAAAACAAACAACAUCACCGACCUUGCUAAUACUGAAAUCGGAAGGGGUCUACAAGUGCAAGGUGAUGGUGAAAGUUGGACCUCCCAGGCUUUUUUUUUUUUUUGAGGGGGGUGGGGGAAUAUAUUUAUUCUGUGUCGAUAAAAGCAAAUCUUUCUUUUCUUUUUUUUUAAGCUUAACUCCACAAUCAUUUGUCUUUUAUAAACCGUAAAGCUGUAUACAAGGGACACUAUAAAUAAGACUCCGUGUUUUAAUUUAUGAUGUUUAAAAAAAAAAAGCUGUGUAAAGGGAGAAUGAAGUGGUGAUAUUUACAAAAAAAAAUGUUAAAAAAGGAAAAAGUCUAAAAAAGGUCGGAAAAAAAAAAAAGCUUGUAUGGGACAGAAUAGGAAUGCCAGUUAGAUUUUUUCUAGAAAACUCAAAGGGUCGGCUUUUGCGCCUUAAAGCAUUUCCCAUGGUAGUUAGCUCAGAUGUGCAUUUCCAAUAUCUGACACGCCCCCCCCCUCCCUGGCCUGCCGGCGUCUCUCCCCCCUUACCUCCCGGUCUUAAGUCAGCUGUGCAGCCUGGAGCGUUCCAGGAAGGCGAGAGAGAUCCCCUUUCCCUCCAACCCCGACUCCAAACUCCAGUGUGCCUCUAGAUCUAGACUAAACCCCAGACCAACUCUCUCCUACUCCUGUCAACCCCGGAAGCCUCUUGGGGGCUUGGAGGAGGCGCACAUCCCUGCUUGAGACACUCCUUUGACAUGGCGGGCGGGGGAUGAGGGGUGGGGGGGCGCUGGGUGGUCCAGGCUCAGAACUCUCCCCAGAACCUCUCCCCUUGACCUGGCCAAAACCCCACCCACAUGCCCAGGUUCUUCGUUGCAAAGGCCCCUUCCGAAGCUGACCCAGUCAUGCAGUUUCCCACAGGAGCUGGUACCUGUCCGGGCUGACCCCAGCUCUCUUCAUGGGUGAGAGUGAAGGAACGGGAGAGGUUAAGUGCUUUGGGAAUUCGAGUCAUAGCAGACAGGGAGCAAGGCCAAGAAGGUAGAGAUCUCCGUCCGCAAUCGACUUUUCUGUUUUAUGGGAGUUUGGGCCCUGAUUAUUAUCUGGGAAGUGUUCUUAAAAAAAAAUAAUAAGAAUUAGUGAAGAUACAGCAAGGCUCUGAGGAUGCAUUUGCCUGAUAUAAUUUUUUUCCUUUGCUGUUGUGUUUUUGUAUGUAGUUAUAAAUACUGUAGAUUUUUUUUGUGAUUUUUUUUGCCAAAGUUGUUGUUCUAUUUAUACAUUUUAUGUCUUUAAAACAGUUUUUCAAUACCACAAAAAGAUUUUACUGCAUUUUUUGCGAAGGAUUAAAAAAAAAAGCUCACUACCUUUAGCUUGCACAUACUUGCAAAAUUAAAUAAAAGGCUUUUUGUUUUAAAGAGGAUUUUGUAAAAUAUCCAUAUAAAUAAUGUAUUUAUCUUUGGAAUUUGUACAUUGCUUUUUCCCUUCUUCCUUUUCCUCCAACCCCAAUUUAUUUUAUUGUGUAUGUUUGCUAUGUGAAAGUGCGGAUUUGUUUGUCCACUUACAGUUGUAUUAGCUGUUUCAAUGUGAUUUUUAAACAUUUCAUUUAUAGUUAUUUUUAGUAUUGUUUUAAACCAUGCUUCAAUUUUUUUUAAAUUUCCACCCAAAAGCCAUUGUCUAUUUUUGUAUUAUUUGUAAGUUAAGGAGUUUUUUCCAGUAUAUGGCAAAAAAAAAAUAGUAGCAUAUUAUUCUUGUAGCAUUUAGUUCUGUAGAUUAAAAAAAAAAUGUAUCCUUUGCUUUGGAAGCUUACAAAAAAAAACCCCUAAUGCUGUUUUACUCUAUUAAUAUGCAUGGGAUCUCUCCCUUUGGAGUGACGCAUUUUGUGCAUUAAAUUCGGGGGAGAAACUUCAUAGAAAUCAAUGAACAUACUUUCUUUCUUAAGUCUGCUUGUAUAUUUCCUCUGUCUUUCACAUAAAUAUAAACCAGCAGAUUGGAUGCCUUAACAAUGCAAAUCAUAUUCAUUUCACUUGUACAUUGUAACUGUGCGCCAGAACUGUCAGUCAUCAAUAACAUUCUAAGAAAAAAAGAAAAGAAAAAAAGAAGAAAAAAAAAAAGAAAUCGAAAAGCACAAAAGAACUGUUUUUGUUACCUUAAGACAAUGUAACUUUUUCUAGCAGAGCAAGAAAUUUACAACUAAUGCUGCACUGUGCAUGCCCCCAUAUGGAUUUUGCAAUGGUUUUCACUAGACUGUCAAGAGUGAGAAUUUU